AGCUAGGCCUAGUUAUAUAAAAUGGUGAGUUGUUAAUGUUGUCUUGUGUUGUGUUUUUGCACUUGUAACUUAUGGAAGGAUCCGUAUGUGUACGUAAAGGUGCAUGGAGUGAAGUAGAAGAUGACCUUCUCAGGGCGUGUGUGAGACAAUAUGGGGAAGGAAAAUGGCACUUGGUGCCUACAAGAGCGGGCUUGAACCGGUGCCGCAAGAGCUGCAGACAGAGGUGGUUGAAUUAUCUAAAACCAGAUAUCAAGAGGGGAGAGUUCGCUGAGGACGAAGUUGAUAUCAUGUUAAGAUUGCAUAAACUUUUGGGUAACAGAUGGUCCCUGAUUGCAGGAAGACUUCCUGGAAGAACACCAAAUGAUGUGAAAAACUACUGGAACACCUACAUUCGCAGGAGAGCAUGCUCUCAUAAGGUGGUAAGCAAUGAAAAGGUGAAAACUCAGGAGGUGAUAAAGCCCAGGGCAAAAACUAUCUCAAGACCUUCACCUUGGUUGAGUAACACUGACCCAACCACAAGCCCAAUACCAGAUAUAUCAAGCCCAAUAGCUAAUAAUACUUUUGAUCCUAAUGAUACCAAGACCUCAACUCUCAAGAGACUCGUCAGGAAGCCUUCCAAGCUCAACGACUAUAUUACUUAAAUCAUUUUAUCAACAUCAUUAAGAUAAGUUUAGGGUAUUAUUUAAUCAUUUUAUCAGUACCACGUGUAGGGUAUCUAUAAUAAAACCGUUAUUUGUUUUUUCUUUUUAAAUAUCAGUCAUAAUCUAUGUUUUGGGCAUGAAACUAAUAUACGGUUUUUUUUUCUUAGCUUUCUUCUUAGUUAUUAUAUGAUUGUUUAUCAAUUUGAUGUUUUCAUUGUACUACCAAAUGUCUUUCAAUGUUUCUUUCAAAGACAUGAAAGUCUUGGUUAUUAUUUUUCUUACCAAUUUGGUAUUUUUAUUGUACCACUAAAUGCAUCUCAAAGUUUCUUUCAAAGAUAUGGAAGACGUGCACACUCACAAAUCUAAAUUCAAA